GUGAUUUUAAUGCGGUCGGGCCCACUUCGGAGCUGCGACGCGUGGGCCGCUUUUGCCUUGAGGCUCGAGCUGUGCAACAUGAGGAGCAUCCACGAAUGCGUUGCGGCUCCAGCCAAGCUCUGAACACCAACACACUUCCAACCCGGCAACACCACCUGCCAUCUGACGAUCGAGCGACUGAGCACCAUAUCCUAAGCCGACCGAGAUAGCCCCGAGCACCACAGUUUUAGCAGCCGGCCGGCGGCGACAGCGAAACCCCGUCACAAACCUCGCCCUCCUCCCUGCUCUAGGAGCGGCCACAAUUGCCCAAGAUGGCGCUCGACAACUACUACCACAACAAGAUCGAGGCGAUGAAGCUGGAGAUCCUUAAGGGCCAGGCGGUUCUCCGGCGACUCGAGGCACAGAGGAACGACUACAACUCGAGGGUACGGCUGCUGCGCGAGGAGCUGGGCCUGCUCCAGCAGCCAGGGUCCUACGUCGGCGAGGUUGUCAAGGUUAUGAGUACAAAAAAGGUCCUGGUCAAGGUACAUCCCGAGGGCAAAUAUGUUGUCGACAUCGCCGACAGCGUUGACAUCACCAAGCUUACGGUUGGAAAGCGGGUUACGCUCCUGUCCGACAGCUACAAGCUUGAAAAGAUGCUGCCAUCAUCGGUCGACCCGCUCGUGUCCCUCAUGAUGGUCGAGAAGGUGCCCGACAGCACAUACGACAUGAUCGGUGGUCUGGACCAGCAGAUCAAGGAGAUCAAGGAGGUGAUCGAACUUGGCCUCAAGCACCCAGAGUUGUUCGAGUCCUUGGGUAUCGCACAACCCAAGGGUGUGCUGCUGUACGGCCCUCCCGGUACCGGAAAGACGCUGCUCGCCCGUGCCGUCGCCCACCACACAGACUGCAAGUUCAUCCGUGUCUCGGGUAGCGAGCUGGUACAAAAAUACAUUGGUGAGGGCAGCCGCAUGGUGCGCGAACUCUUCGUCAUGGCCCGCGAGCAUGCGCCCUCCAUCAUCUUCAUGGACGAGAUCGACUCGAUCGGAUCUAGCCGUGUCGAGGGCAGCAGCGGGGGCGAUUCCGAGGUGCAGCGCACCAUGCUGGAGCUCCUCAACCAGCUCGACGGUUUCGAGCCCACCAAGAACAUCAAGAUCAUCAUGGCCACCAACCGUCUCGAUAUCUUGGACCCGGCCCUGCUGCGGCCCGGCCGCAUUGACCGCAAGAUCGAGUUCCCACCCCCGAGCGUCGAGGCACGUGCCGACAUCCUGCGUAUCCACAGCCGCAAGAUGAACCUCACCAGGGGCAUCAACCUAACAAAAAUCGCCGAGAAGAUGAACGGCUGCUCUGGUGCCGAGCUCAAGGGCGUGUGCACCGAAGCCGGCAUGUACGCGCUCCGCGAGCGGAGGGUGCACGUCACGCAGGAGGACUUUGAGCUCGCCACAGCCAAGAUUCUCAACAAGCAUGACGAUAAGGAGGUGUCGCUCGGCAAGCUCUGGAAGUAGAGAGCGCGAGUUCUGGUUGUCUACUCUCCAGUAUCGCUUUACCUACCUCCCUCCUCGACUAUUGGGGUUCCUGCCACAUGCUCCUCUAUCGUAGAGACUGAUGGCUGCAUCGUUGUCCAGCGCUAGCGGGAUUUUUGGCCCCCACGGUGGGGGAAUAUUCAGGCUGGAGGCAGCCGCCCCAUGCGUUUGCCCCACGCACACGUACAAUGUUCAAUAACUUCCGAUACCUUUUAGACGCGGGGAGUGAUGGCGCCAGUAAUAUACAACGUGCAGUGGGGCUAGACAGCGGCUGCUAUUCAAGCGACACAUUAUUGGCUCCCAUUUCCCGAUGCGUUUGACGGUGACCUUGCUUCCCUCUUCUUUUCUUUAUACGCGUCCUGCGAGCAGCGGUGCACCUC